GCCGCCGCAGCCAUGCUCCCCCUUGCCCGAGCGGCCCUCCGCAGACUCGGCCCAGCAGCUUCGUCCGCGGCGGCUGCCGAUGGGACCCUGCCCGUGCGCCUCCUCCUCCUCGCGCCGCUCUCCUCCAAGUCGUCGGCGGCCGCGCCGCCGGAGUACCAGAUGCCGUCGGUGACGUGGGGAGUAAUCCAGGGCCGCAAGGAGCGGCUCGUGUCCCGCGUGCUGGCGCUCGACUUCCUCCGCUCCGCCGGCGUCUCCGACCCGGCGGGCGAGCUGGAGGCCGUGGAGCUGCCCUCCUCGCUCGACGUGCUGCAGGAGCGCCUCGACUUCCUCCUCCGCCUCGGCCUCUCCACCGACGACCUCUCCGCCUACCCGUUCCUCCUCGCCUGCUCCCUCCGCAAGAACAUCAUCCCGGUCCUCUCCUACCUCGAGAAGCUGGGCGUCACGCGCGCGCGCCUCGCCGCCUUCGUGCGCGCCUACCCGGCCUGCCUGCACGCCUCCGUCGCCGUCGACCUCGCCCCCAUCGUCAAGGCGCUCCGCGGCCUCGACGUCGACCGCGAGGACAUCCCCCGCGUCCUCGAGCGCUACCCCGACGUCCUCGGCCUCAAGCCCGACGGCACCAUCAGCACCUCCGUCGCCUACCUCGUCGGCAUCGUCGGGGUCGCGCCGCGGGACAUCGGUCCCAUGGUAACGCACUACCCGUUCUUCCUCAGCAUGCGUGUCGGCACCACCAUCAAGCCCUUGUGCGACUACAUCACGUCUCUCGGGCUGCCUAUACGUAUCCUCGCGAGGAUCAUCGAGAAGCGGCCGUACAUUCUUGGCUACGAUCUCGAGGAGACCGUCAAACCAAACGUCGAGGCAUUACUCAGCUUCGGCAUCCGGAAGGAGGUGCUGCCGCUUGUGAUCGCGCACUACCCAUCUAUUCUCGGCUUGCCUCUGAAAGUGAAGCUUGCGGCGCAGCAGUACUUCUUCAACUUGAAGCUCAAAAUCGACCCUGAUGGGUUUGCCCGAGCUGUCGAGAAGCUGCCGCAGCUGGUGAGCUUGCAUCAGAAUGUGAUACUGAAGCCCGUGGAGUUCCUCCGUGGACGGGGGAUUACCGAUGAGGAUGUUGGGCGGAUGCUGGUCCGGUGCCCGCAGAUUCUUUUGCUGCGGAACGAGCUCAUGAAGAACAGUUUUUACUUCUUCAAGAGUGAGUUGAAGCGCCCGAUAAGCGAACUCCUGGAAUUCCCAGAGUACUUUACAUACAGCUUGGAGUCCAGGAUCAAGCCUAGGUACAUGAGAGUUGCAAGCAAGGGGAUUAGAUGUAGCCUGGAUUGGUUUCUCAACUGCAGCGAUCAGAGGUUUGAGGAAAGGAUGCGAGGGGAUUUUAUUGAAGGGGAUGCACCAGGACCUUCAUUCACAAUGGGCGGGAAGCUUCAGAUGCCCGGCAGCCAGUUAGUGUCAGAUGAUGAUAACGAUGAUAGUGAUGACGAGGUGCUAUAUAGGCGGACAGUCAUGCUCUAG